UUAGUACAAAAUAUUUACAUUUGUAUUUUUUAUAUUGUGGUGUUAAUUUAAAAAAAAUGUCGGAGUACGAUAAAGUUCGCAUUGGAAAACUAGUAUUAAAAGGAGAAAAACAAAAAUCGAAGAAACGCAAACACAAACCUAAACAACAAGAGGAAGAAACGCCAAAAGUGGAUGUUGAUAGUGCAAAACACGGAAACUGGUGGUCCAUAAAGAAAAAGGAGGAGAUGGUUGGCCCUAUAGCUAUCCAAUUCGGUGCCCAUACAUAUGUAAGAGCUCUAGAUAACGGACUUUUUACUCUAGGAGCCCCUCACAGAGACGGGCAAGGACCUUCUCCUGAAGAAAUCUUAACAGCUAUACCAAUAAAUGAAAGAAAAAUAGCUUUCAAAUCAGGGUACAAUAAAUAUUUACGAGUAGAAAAAAAUGGAGUCGUCACUGGAAGAUCCGAUGCCAUAGGGGCCAUGGAGCAAUGGGAACCUGUAUUCCAAGAUGGUAAAACAGCCUUAAUAGGUUAUAAUGACUGUUUUCUCAGCGUAAGCCCUGAAGAUGAUACAAUUAUUGCUGAUGCAAAGAAAGCUGGACCAGGACAAUACAUUACUCUCAGAUCUCAAACAGUUAAGGAAGAAACUAGUGUGUCUGAAGUUGCAAAUGAGGAUCAGGGAAAUGUAAAGCAAAUCGAGAUUAACUAUGUGAAAAAGUUCCAGAAAUUUCAAGAUAAGAAGAUGAGAAUUUGUAAUGAAGGUAGUAAAGAUUUAAAGAAGGCCCAAAAGGAUGGUACUCUACAUGAAUCAUUGUUGGAUAGAAGAAGUAAAAUGAAAGCAGAUAGAUAUUGUAAAUAAAUAUAUAAUAAAUAAAUUUAAAUAAUGA